AUGAUAGUCAAAUCUACAGCAUCGAUUUCCGAUAUCGAUACACGUUCAGUUUACGUAUCUUCACGUUCAUGUGAUCAUUACCCAGGAGGUUUAGAAGCCUGGGGAACUGAUACCGGGAUUACGUUUAAUCGUAAUAUUGAAAGUUGGCGAUUUAAUCGAAAAUAUUUUGAUUAUGCGGUGACGAAUCCAGCAUAUCUUUAUGGAACUAUUGAAAGAAUGCAGGAAUAUUUCAAGGAAAUGCAAGGGUAUUGGAAGGAAUUAGGUUCAGAUUGUGUUUUGGAUUUGAACGCUUGGAUUUAUCACAUUGCAUCGGAUAUUAUUUUUUUCAAUACGACUGGAAGAAAGUUUCAUUUCAUGGCUAAAUAUUUUAAUGUUCUUUCUACUGGAAAGAAAAUCGAUAUUGAAGAUUCGCAUAUUACUGAGAAAAUAUUCAAAGGAUUUGAGAAUGCCUUUAAAGCGAUAUUUUUCUUAAUUACGACACAUUCGUUAUUGAGACAUACAAUUUAUAGGAAACAAAAUAAGGAGCACCUUAAAGCCCAGGAUCAAUUGAGGAGGUUAUUGUGUGAGCUCAUUCAAGAACGAAGAAAAGAAAUAGAAAAUACGCCAGUCGAUGAACCAUUGAAACCAGAUAUAAUGAAUUUGUUAAUCACGGCAAAUACAGAACGCGACAUUUCACAUAAUACGAAUGAUUAUUUGAAUAGACCUUUGACUGAUGAUGCAAUACAGAUGAGUUUAUUCGAAUCUAUCGCUGCGUCAACUUCAACUAGUGUUGCUGCCUUCAUAUUUGUUGUUGAAUAUGUCGGUAGACAUCCGGAAGUAGAAGCAAAAAUUAGAACAGAGAUUAAUUCGUUUUUUUCGGAUAAUCCGAAUCGCGUUGUCACCUAUGGUAAUUUGAACGAAUUCAAAUAUAUCGAGGCUGUAUAUUAUGAAACAACUCGUAUAAACACCGCAGUGCCAUUUAUGUUCCGCACAAAUCAACGUGAAGAUGUAAUAGCCGGUUAUCGAUGGAAACCCGAUACACAAUUCGUGGUGAAUUACCAAGCACCUCAUCGCAACGAAAAACACUUCACCGAUCCCGAAAAAUUUAUACCAGAAAGAUUUAUCAAUGACGGUAGUGACGAAAAGGGUACCUUCAAAAAAGCGUUUUAUCCAUGGGGUGGUGGACUACACAUUUGUCCCGCGAGAAAUAUCGGUCUUGCUUAUGUGAAGAUGCUAUUGGUUUUGUUGUAUCGUAAUUAUGAGGUUAAGUUGGUUAAUGCGGAUAAGCCGAUACAAACUUACCAUGAUUUUAUUACUCAAUGUGCUGACACGAGGGCUUAUUUGAAGCCUAUAUAG